AGAGAGACAGAGGGAGUGACUAACAGAGACAGAGAAUAAAUCAACGAGCAAGUAAGUGAGUGAGUGAGAGAGUGAGCGAGUGAGCGAGUGAGUGAGGGGUUUUUCCUGCAGCUCCCACUCUGUCUGGACAAAGCCCCGAGAGAGGAGAGCAGAACUGACCAGCAGGCAUCCCAAAGACACAGAAGACUUUAAAGACGUUCCCCAGUCUUCCUCUACCCUCUGUGGUUAGCGUGUGCAUCCCAUCAUGGCGAUAGUUUUUCACUCCUCUCCGCUGCUGUGGACUCGCGUGGCGGCCAUGAUUUUCUCCUGCGUGGCGUUCAGCGUGGCCCUGUACGGCGCCCAGCUCACCCAUGGCACGGGCGACUGGUGCAUCUUCUGCUGGAGCUUCAGCUUCGCGGGGACGCUCCUGGUGGUUCUGGUGGAGCUCUGCGGCCUGCAGGCCCGUGUCCCCGUCUCCUGGAAGAACUUCCCCAUCACGUUUGCCUGCUACGCCUCGCUCCUGUGCCUCUCAGCCUCCAUCAUCUUCCCCCUUUACUUCCUGAAGGGCUACAGCGGCCGUGACGAGAUGAUCAACUGCCGCAUUGUCUCCACCGUCUUCUCCUGCCUGGCCACCGUGGCAUACCUGAGCGAGGUCAGCCUGAGCAAGGCUCGGCCAGGAGAGGUGUCCGGAUACAUGGCGACUGCGCCCGGCUUGCUCAAGGUGUGCGAGACCUUCGUCGCCUGCGUCAUCUUCGUCUUCAUCAGCGAACCGAUUUCCUACGACCAGAACGCCGCCACCAAGUGGUGCCUGGCCGUCUACUGCAUCUGCUUCAUCCUGUCGGCGGGGAUAAUCGUGCUCUGUGUAGCCGAGUGGACGGGAUGCCUUCCGUUCCCCUUCGCCCGCUUCCUGUCCACCUACGCCCUGCUGGCCGUGGCCAUGUACCUGUCGGCCACCAUCAUCUGGCCCCUCUACAAGUUCGACGACAAGCACGGCGGCAAAAGCCACAGGCCCAACUCCUGCGGCUCCAUGGUAGGACUGUGCCCGUGGGACAAGAUGCUGGCCAUCGCCGUGCUGACCGGUCUGAACUUCAUCCUCUAUCUGGCUGACCUCAUCUACUCAGCCAGGCUGGUGUUCGUCUCUGUUUAACCCUCAUGCUUUUGCUGAGAUUGCCUUUAUUUCCUUGUUAUUUGGGCUCCUAGAGACCCCAAAGUAUGUUUAUAUGCUACAUUGGCUAUGAACAAAUAUAUGUAUACACAUAAAUAAAUGUUUGCCAUUACGUGUAAUUUUUAGUAGAAGUCUUCUGAAAAGUUUGUGAGCAUGCAAUUAAGAAAAGUUAUCAGUAUUAAGCUGACAAAUCAGUGUUAGGUGUGGUUUUUGAGGUGCUGGGGUCUCCAGGACCCCGAACAGAAAAGGGAUUAAGGGUGGACGGGGUGUGGAGAGGAGGAGAGAGGUGGAAGUAGAUGUUGCAGGAGAGAAGCCUGGCUUAUGGUCAGCGAGGCGUCUGUAGUGUUACUGUCAUAAACAUGAAGCUCACUUUAUCUUCAAGCUUGGUGGCCCACAAUCCUCAAAGUCGUCCUUAAGGGCUUUUAUCAUUAGUUGAUUUUGUCUUUAACAGCCUAAAACCAAUUAGAUCUAUCUAACAUUGCAUUUUGUACGUCUGCAGUGCUCUGAUUUUAGCAUUUAUCAGGCAGUUUUAGCCAUUAACAAAGCAUUUUUUCAUCCUUCAUCGCUAAUGUUUGUAAAUGGUAGGGAGGUGAUGGAGGGCCAUCCUAUCCACCCAGAUCCAGCCAGGUUAAUCUGGGA